CAGCGGUUGAAUUUUUGUGUAUAGUGAAAUCCAAAUUUCAUCUCGGGGGCUACUGCUGACUUCUACCCGUCCAUGGUUCAAUCAUUACAAAUACACGAUAAUUCCUCCUUGUUCGCUAACACUAGAGCUCCAUGUGUGUGGCUUUUCUAUACUCUAGACACGGAAGUAGUAUGAAGUGCAUCAUCAAGUGCUCGUCGUCGAAUUCCGAAUAAGUACCAAAUCCCCAAAAUAGCAGCAGAAGAAUCUGUAAAAGCAACAUCAUGCCAGAACAAGAUAGCGUCGCACCUGCAGGUGCUGGUACCAUCGUCCCACCUGCGGAGCCAGAGACAGGCGGCGACAAGGUACCAGUGUCUGAGGUGGACCAGGCAGCUGGAACUGUUGAUACAAUUACAACGAACGACGAAGCUGAAGCUCGCGUUGCAUCAACUGCAAGUCCAACAGCUUCUUCAAUUUUAACGACCGCAGGAACAGCUUCCUCCGCCACCAUAUGAAAGUGCACAACUCGCCCUCCCCCUCAUUUGUAGAUCAUGAACGGCAACACAAGCAUCAGCAAGAAUGCCGGUUUUGCAUGACAAAUUUGCACUGGAGUGUAGUGCUAUUUGGGCUACCCGAACUUGUCAUGCAACCAGUGCCAAGAGCCAAGGCCUAAAUUAGGCAUUUUGCAUGACAAAUGAGGGGGAGGGGGAGUUGUGCAUUGUCAUACACCACCACCACCCUGCUGAACCGGUUGAAGCUGCGGAAUUUAGAAAACUAUGCAGUGCGAAGGCAUCGUGUACUUUUCGUAGAAAUGAUCGCAAGCAUGCAUGACAGAUGUAAUUGCGUACGGUAAGCUGCACUACAAAUUCCAUUUUUCCAUAGUGAGGAAAUUCAUCAAAUUUGUAUUGCGAUUUCUACGUAGUACGACACUUUUGCUAUGCAUAGAACCAAGUACACGACCAAAGGCAUGGAGAAUAACAUGCAGCCGAAAAUGUCAGAUUUUCUGGAAUUCAAGAAGGAAAAAACGAAACUGGACAACGAAUUGGCUCAAGUCGCAGCGGAAGCAGGUUCCUAUCUACGGUGAUACAGAUACUGAAAAUAAAAUCACUCUUUACGUUACGCUGGACGUGCUUCAUUUUUUGCGGCAUAACGCCAAUGAUGUUGAGAGUGGUAUUUAGCAGCACAGAAGUGCACGAUAAGUACUUUUGGCCAGUAUUCGGAUUUUGAUAAAAACCCAUUGUCUCAGGUCCGCUUCCGUCCCUCCCAGCGCGCCCCACUGUAGCAUCCGCGACGACGCAGCCCUCGUCUCGUGCACUAGCAGACGAUGACCACGCUAUGAAACCCACGACCAGCUCCUCAACCGUUGAGUCAUCUGACAGCACGACAUCCGCUGCUGCGGGGAAGACGAAGGCCACCAAGAAAGGGAGCAAUAAAGAGCUUUUGAAAAGUAGAACAAAGGCCUCCGGCGAAAUAAACAAGGAAAACAGCAAGGAAGAACAACCCAUCCAACCAGAUGCGAAUACCAUCCUUGGACAACAAGCGCCGUCUGCAGAUCAACCUUUGGAAAAAGUGCAAAGCGAAAUUUCGCUCCCAGAACAACCUGUAGCAGUUCCCGCUGCAAGCAGGGACUCUUUCUCCAGUUCUGCGGCAGCGCCCGCCCAGAAGGUCAUUCAAAAGGAAUUAACCGUAAUGGACCUCAUGCGGCAGCAGAUCGAGGAAGGAAAAAACCUCAAGCCCGCUAUCAAAUGCAAAAAUGUCUGGGUCUGGAUGGUUGGAACUUGUAAUGCUAGCUUUCCAAACCUAGAAAAUCUGUGUUGCAUAACCAACAAAAGUCGCAGCCUCUUUUGUACAUGCAAAAACGCAGUUUCUCAUGCGGAUUGCCUAUGAGAAAGCGUUCUGGAAAGUUGUCAUGCUAGAUUGCAUUCGGAACGUUUUCCAUCAUCCACAUUUCAGCAUCACAAGUUUCCAGACCCAGACACUUUUGCAUUUGAUACCCGCUGUAGUAGUACAACACCCCUCGGGAGUAUGCAAGAAAAAAACUGUGUAAGUGUAAAUCUGUGAUGCAGAAAAUGCCUAACAGUUACACUUGUCAUGCUCGACAUGCAUGACCGGUUCGUUUCCUAUGUCUUUUCCCUUUGUAUCUGCGCAUAACAAGUUUGUCCUGUCAUGGCAGACAAACUUGUGAUGCUGUUUUCCCAAAAGACUUACACUAACACAGUUUUUUUCUUGGAUAGGGAGGCAGUGACAACACCGGAAAAUUAGAAGGCACAGAGCCGGAGGAAGAGGGAAAGGCAUCUUCGGGACCACCUGCAAAAAAACGACGCAACAAGCGGAAAACUACGGGAAAAACAAGUGCUGUCGCAGGAGGAGCGUCGAAUGGUGCGGAUGUUGUGCAAGAAGGGGAUCAACUACAUGCAGGUGAUGAAACAAAGGACGGUGAUACCCAAGAAAAAAACAUUGUUAGUGUAAAUUUGUGAUGCGCAACAUGCAAAUCGAUUGCGCCUGUCAUGCUGUGCCUGCAUUAUAGGGUCCAUUCAAGCGCGUUUUCACGUACAAUCUGAGCAUGACAGGUUUUUGCUCUCAUACGAGAGAUAUUUGUCAUGCUAAUCCUCCAAGAAAGUUACGCCUACAGUCUUUUUUUCUUGGAUAGGUGAGGGAAGUGGGGAAACAAGUGCUGGCGGUGUUCAGAAGCCGAACGAUGGAGCCCCGCCGAAUAUGUACCAGCCAAAAAUGACGGAAUUUCUGGACAUCAAUAGUAUGAUGAAGUGAAAGAGUGACAAAUCCGAAUGAGAUUCCUUCCCGCGGUUGCGAUAGCAACGCCGCCGUUCUUUGAUGAUACUUGAAGCAAUACGAGCAGGAGAACGAGGUCUUUUUAUAUCAUAUUACUUACUUUCCCGUACAAAUUCGAACACCACUGUUGUACUUCUAUUUGGUAAAAGACAAAUGGGCUUGAGCUUGUGUCACAUGCCAUUCC